AUGGAUCCACUAUUUAUAUUCUAUGACAUCCAUGAACUUAUCAUACAGCAUUUUAAUUACAAUGACAUCUUUAGAAUAUUUAAAGUAUCAAAAUAUUGGCAUUGCUUGAUUCUGGAAAAUUCAAAAUUUGCGAUGAGAAAAAUAAGGCUUAAUGUCCACGAAUCAAAUCACGAUGAAGUGUAUAAUGUAUUGGACCAAAAGAUCUCUGAAAUGAAUAGUGAUGUGCUAGAUCUUUUGGAAAGUCAGAGAAAAUACCAAAAUAUUAAGGUAUACGUAGAUCAUGGAUGGGAUUUUAUAGAUCAAUUAGUAAGGAACUUGGCUGAAUCGUUGGUUUCGAUAGAAGUGUCAUCAGAUAUUUUCGUUGAGAAUUUAAAAAUUCCAAAUUUAAAGUUUUUGAAGCUUGAUAAUCCAUUAUUGGAAGGACUGACUUCAUGUUCAAAUAAAUUAAAGAAAUUAGCAGUAAGAAUGAGUGGAAGAGAAUAUUGGCUCAAAAAGGAAUCACCAAUAGCUAUAAAAAGUGCAUUAAAGAAGAAUUCUCAACUGGAAGUGAUAGAGCUUGAUGAAGAUCUUACAUCCAUAAUUUUUGAGUCUAACAUAUCAUCGGACGUUAACUUUAGGCUGAAACGGCUUUGUAUAGAAUUUUUAAAGUUUAAUAAUGACGAAGAAAUUUUCGGGAAUGCUCGAAAGUUCCUCGAAAAGCAACAAAACCUUACUAAUUUAGCCAUUAAAUUCCCAGACUCACCAACAAUUCAAUGGAUAUACGAAAAUCAAACAAAUUUGGAAUCUUUUCAGAUUAAAAUUCAUUUCGAGCAGAACCCACGUGACUUCCAAGUAAUAUCAAAUGGAGCUAUAAAAUGUCUUGAUCUGGACAUUUCAUCGAAUUGGCAAUACACAAUGAAUAUUAAGUUUGCAUUGAGAACAUUUAUAACAAGCACACCUAAUUUGGAAGUACUUAAAAUUAGAAUGACUUCUCCAUUAGAAAUCGACGACUUUCGAUUUUUACUUUUUAACUCAUUAAAACUAAAGAAGCUUUACCAAAAUGCUGACGAAUGCCUGCAUACUUAUAAUGAAAUAUACGAACAAAUUAGGCAAGAUCAUGACAAUAUUAGUCCAAAUGUUGAGUUCUUCAAUAAUUCUGAUUGAGGAUCUUUG